AUGGCAGCUUUCAAGGAAAUCAACAAAUUGACCACGGAUCAAACGGUGCGAUUCAAGGCCUUGGAAGAUCGCGUGGAGGCCCGGACCGAGAACUGGCUCCGUGGACACACGGUUCGGUCUGAGGACGGGUGGAGAAAAGUGGAUACUAUCUUGCGCCAAGUGACGGAACUGUCAGGGCAGAGGACUGAACUGUCGAGGCAGACCGCGACAUUGGCCGGUCGCAGGGCUCUGCGAAUCCUAUUUUGUCUACAGACACGCUUUGUUGCAGCAUUAAAGUGCACCAGCAAAAAUCCAGAAUCCAUCUAUGCAGCACUUGAGACUGAUUUAUUCCCUAAAAAAAUUGUGCCGCCUGUGCAAAGCUUUUUGGAUCCAAUCAACAUAACAAUCACUGUGAAUGUGUUGGAGAUAUUUGGAGUGGACGAGAAGGCUCAGACUAUGACAUUGGUCAUAUCACAAUAUCUGACAUGGCGAAUAGAGGGGCUGCACUGGAAUGAGAGGGAGUGCGGAACAAACAGAGUUUCUGUCCCUCGGGAAAAUCUUUGGAUCCCAGACAUCCACAUCUCAGAGUUCUUGGGCGAAGACAACUCUCCCAAAAGCACGCACGUCUUUUUACACAACACUGGAGAUGUUUUAGAGAGUAAAACCAUUAGAGUGGUCAGUUCCUGCCCACUGGUCAUCUACGCUUUUCCCUUCGAUGUGCAAAACUGCUCCCUGACAUUCAAAUCCUAUUUGCACCAAGAUUCAGAUAUCAGGAUGAUUCAGGGCGCUACAACAGAAGAAACUCUGCAAGCAUCCAAAAAACUCAUUACCUCCAAUGGGGAGUGGGAGCUUGUCGACAUAAAAAUAGCUCCAUCGGUCCUUACAUUAAGCAAAGGAAAUUAUUCUGAGAUGAAAUACCAUAUUGUCCUAAAACGUCAACCCAUGCUGUAUGUGGUGAACCUGCUGCUCCCCAGCUGCUUUCUUAUUACAGUGGACCUUUUUAGCUUCCUGCUGCCUCCACAAAGUGUGGACCGCUCCUCCUUCAAGAUGACCCUGAUCCUGGGUUACACAGUCUUUCUGCUCAUCAUGAACGACCUGCUGCCCGUCACCGGGCAGACCACACCUCUCAUGAAUGUAUUUUUCUCAAUCAGCCUGGCGCUGAUGGUGGCCAGUCUGCUGGAGACGAUAUUCAUCACCAACAUCCAGUUCGCAUCCAGCCAAUACAGUACAGCGCCUCGCUGGAUCACCAUACUUGUCCUGCGUUACCUCGCUCUUGUGGUUUAUCUGCCCCCCCAGAAAAAAAGCAGCAGAGUCACUGUGUCGCUCCAGCACCCCAACGAACUACAUAUCAGCAAGAACCCGGAGAACUCAAAUGACAGCAUCACUGACAGCACAAUUGGGGAGGAACCCCAGAAAACCAUAGACCCUCAGCAGAACCUCUUGGAUGAGCUGAGGAAACUGAGUAAAGACCUGAUCGCCAUUCGCCUACACGUGGACAACCACUUUAAAAGUACCAAUACUUCACAGGAGUGGUACAUGAUUGGGAUAGUGGUGGAUCGCUUACUCUUUGCAAAAUACGUCAUCUUCAUCCUCACCAGCUUCCUCACCAUCACAUUCAUCUGGAUCUGGAGUGAUUCAUUUUAA